UCGACCUGUCAAAGAAGGAUAGGCUACUUUGAAUACCAAAGAACUGGAAACACAUACUAGACACCUUUCAUUUUUGUUUUACAUUUUCUACUACGAUAGACAGUAAAAUGUGCCAGUGAACUGAAUAGUAUUUAAAAGAAAGUAAUUGUUCAAGUUUGACAACUACCACUACAUCAGAAAGAUAAUCAAGACGAACCAUCUCCAUCAUAGGAUUAAAUGAUUAUGAUAAAUAGUCACUCAGCUGAAGAGUUUGUAAAAUACUAGGAGGAUACUAGCAUGCGAUCCCACGCUGCUUCAAACAUGCGUGUCGUCUAUUAAACCACACCAAAAAAUAAAAAAUAAUAUAAAAUAAACUUCAUAUAAGGGCAUAAGCAAAACAAAAAUGAGCAGCUACAAAUGGAGCAAGAAAGUAUUUAUUUUCCUGAUCUGUAGGAAACAGUUGCUACCAGUGUAGCUAAAUUAGCUUAAAAAGAGGAAGCGCUAGCUUUGAGCCACAUUGGCUAUUCUAGACGUUCGAGAAAUGUCGAUCACAGCUUUUACGUAACAAUUGGCAUAUCAACCACACACACUUGUUCUUCCAAAAUUCAGUUAAAUUAGUUAAGCAUGCGUUGUUACAACGACUAACACGAGAGAAAUCCAAUGUGAUGCACAGAGUACGACAUUGGCCCAAAGAUGCAUUCAGUUGUCACUACCACCCAAUCCUGGCUGCUGUCCUCCUGGCAUGUCCGAGUCCCUUUUGCCUGGCUGGAAGCCUGUGUGCAGUGGCUUCAAGAAGAGGCAGGUGAAGGUGCUCGCCUGUCACAACAGCAAGUCAAUCAGCUGGUGUUGGACCAGUGGCUUCUGACAGACUUGAGAGACCUGGACUUUCCUGUUUUACCUGAAGGGCUCGCUCAGGCUCAGAAGACUCAACUAAAUGGUAUUUUCUGUGUUCAGGUUGACUCAUUUUUGGACAUAAGUCAGCCUGCAUAUGGUCAGCUGCAGAAGUGGAGGGGCACAGACUGCGCCAAUGAUGAGGUGUCUGCUGUCACGCAGGCCACUCAGAGACCCUGGGAAGCCAAAACAACUCGCAUGAUGCUGCUGCAGGUAACAGAUGGAGUCCAGAGUUUGGAGGCCAUGGAGUACCGACCCAUCCCUGCACUCAGUGCAACUCUCAGGCCUGGUGCAAAGCUCCAGUUGCAAGGACAGAUGGUUUGCAGGCUUGGUGUGCUGCUGUUAGGGCCAUCUAAUGUCAAGAUUCUGGGUGGUGAGGUUGAGGAGCUGGUAGACAGGAACAAUAUGGGAAGGGUGCUGUGUCGCACACUGGGUGUUCCUGAAGUGCAGCAGCAAGAAGGCGACGAGGGCCCUCCGGCACCCCAACAAGGUAAUCAAGAAAUGGAGGACCUGGAGCUCAACGAUGCAGAGCUGUUGGCCAGUUUGGAGGCUCAGAAUGAGGUUGUCGGGUCGGUUCAGGACAGUGGCUACGGGACCCUGCAGGAGUCCUCAUCAGUGUCUUCCUCAGUUAGAAGCCAAUUCUCCUCGAGAAGUGCGACCUCCAAUCGUACUCAGAGAAGUGGUUUAAAUCACACAAAUGGUUCACUUCGGGAUGGUCAACAACAAACGAGAGGCUUUUCUGACUUCUUACCUCCCAGCGCGACUCAUCAAGACAUCCGCGGACACGAUGUGGUAGAAGAAGACUUUCCUGAUGAGGACUUUGAUGAUCUCCCGCUGGAUGAAUUAGACAAUGUAAUGUUUGAGGACGAUGAAAAUGUUCCUGGUCCUAAAAGCACAUUUCAGAAUUCCAACAGAAAAAACACCAAUAUGGACACAAAUUCCAGAAGUGCUGAAUUGAUACCAAACACUACAAGUGGCUUUGGUUCCAGAACUGGAUCCACUAGCUCCAAACCCAUCAUACAAAACAGAGAGCAUCAAGGAAGUUCUAGCUCUUUUUGUUCCUCAACAGUUGUGAACACCAGGAGUCCUUUACUGGAGGAGGACAUGGAUUGCUUUAUUCAUGACGUUCAAACUAAUGGAGUAGAAACCAGGACUUUUGUUGAGGCAGAACCUGCUAGAGACAAAGAGAGCAACAGCAGCAGAGCAGGAACUCCGGGCUUCACUUCUAGGCUUUUUAACAAACCAGCUACAUCUGUAACUUCAGAACAAAAUCCACACAGCGGCAAGUCAGUUCCUGCUCUCACUUUAACCACUCCACCCUUUAUAUAUUUAUGCUUGCUGAAAGACUUGAUGUCCAAACCCCAGAGCCGCCCCGCAGAGAUCCAGGUCAAAGCCUUCAUCGUGACUCUCUUGGGCAAACUGGGCAGCACCAACGGCGCGUGGAGCGUCUUCGCCACCAUAUCCGACGGCACCGGCUACCUGGAUGUGGAGCUAUCCGACGGCGUCCUGACAGGCCUGCUGGGCUUCUCGGUUGCAGAGAAGGGGGCUCUGAAGCGUGACCCCGCCCGAAGAGGCGAGCUGGAGGCCGGGAUGAGGAGGUGUCAGGAAGCGCUGGUGGACAUGUGCUGCAUCAUGACCAUUGUGCUUGGACAAGAUGGCAGGAAAGCUGUGGUGGCCAAAGCUGACCCUGUCAGCGAGAGAGCUCUCCAGCAGCUGGAGCAGAGGGCGAAAGACAGAAGAAAGUAACCAAAUAGUUUACUCUUUCCACCCACGCAGAUAAAAGAAGAAUGCCAUGAUCAACCUGUCCUUCUGCUUCAGAUUUUAAGAACAGAAGGCGUGAACUGGAUGCCCGAUAAUCCGUGAGCCAGUGCAUCCCAUCUGCUGUAUGUGACUGUGACAUUCUGCUAUUUUUCAUUCAUCUGCUCAUUGUGAUAGAGUCUUAAAAUCUGAAGAAAACAGGUUAUUGUUUUACAGUUACUGGUUUCAGUUUGGGAAAACUCAAGAGUUGAGCUCCGCUUGUUCGGUGUAACAUUAAAAGGAAGAGGGGAGGUAAGGGAAGGGAAAUGUGGGUGUUCGAGUUCUGAUUAAUGUAAUGAAUUGCCAGCUUUUUCAUUCAGACCACACAACCAUUACUUCUGAGUAGAAAUGAUUGAAUAGCCAAGGGCAGCAUAGGUCUUCAAUAAACUUCUUCAGAGGUGAAUGAUGGGAAAGGAAGAUAAAUGGGAGGCCGUGAGCCUUGAUUAUUUCUCUUCAUUACCGAGCAUUAUCCAUGUUUUUGUCUUAAAAUUUAAUGGUUUGAAUUUUUUUCCAAAUAAAAUUCCUUUGAUGGUUUCA